AUGGAACCUAAACUACAUCCCGCUCUCACCGUCUCUAACAUCAAGACACAUGUUCCUGUCAUCUUGGAAAAAGAUUCAACCCACUACACCACUUGGAAGACCCUCUUCAAAGUUCACUGUCAGAUUUACGAGGUGCUCGAUCACCUCGCAGCCAAGCCGGCCGCCGCCUCUUCUUCUUCUACCUCGGACUCUGAUAAAGACAAAGUUGUUGCCGCCGCAGCCGAGACUUUAUGGAUACAACUGGAUGCCGUCGUGCUCCAGUGGAUUUAUGCCACCAUCUCCACGCCACUUCUGCACACUAUUCUCCAACCGGGUCAGACCGCUCACGAUGCAUGGCUUGCCGUUGAAAGUGAGUUUAAUGAUAAUAAAAACACGCGGGCUAUUUUUCUUGGUCAAGAGUUUGCCAACUUAUGUCUCGAGAAUUUUUCGUCCACGGCGGAAUACUGUCAACAUGCCAAACAUCUCACUGACCAACUUCAAAACUUCAAAGUGUUGGCUCUCCUUUUGACGACCGUAUGUUAG